GUCUCCGAUUCUAAUCGAGAUCCUCAUUGCUCAUCAUUGCUCACUGCUCAAUCUGUAUAUAGCAUUGUUGCAGCAGCUAAUUCUCUCGCCUCGCAUUAUCUUCGCUUGCAUUUUUCCCCCUCCUCGUUUCCGAUGGACCGACGCUGGCCCUGGAAGAAAAAAUCAUCUGACAAGGCUGUGCUUGAGAAAUCAGCUGCUACAUUGGACUCCUCCGAUGCUUCCAAUCAGGAUAACAACAAGAAACUGAACUAUGUCCAAAUCUCUAUGGAAUCCUAUUCACAUCUGACUGAUUUGGAGGAUCAAGUGAAGUCAUAUGAGGAUAAAGUUCAGACACUUGAGGAAAAAGCUCAGACGCUUGAGGAUGAAAUCAAGGAAAUGAAUGAAAAGCUGUCAGCAGCAAACUCUGAGAUCAAUACCAAGGAAAGCAUGGUAAAACAACAUGCUAAAGUAGCUGAAGAAGCUGUGUCAGGCUGGGAAAAGGCUGAAGCAGAAGCUUUGGCAUUGAAGAACCAUCUAGAAUCUGUCACUCUUUUAAAACUAACUGCUGAAGACCGUGCAUCACAUUUAGAUGGUGCUCUUAAAGAGUGUAUGCGACAGAUACGAAACCUUAAGGAAGAACAUGAACAGAAAAUACAAGAAGUUGCUCUCUCAAAAACCAAGCAAUUAGACAAGAUUAAGGGGGAGCUUGAGGCAAAGAUAGUUAACUUUGAACAGGAACUCCUUAGAUCUGCUGCUGAAAAUGGGGCUCUGUCAAGGUCAUUGCAGGAGCGCUCUAACAUGCUAAUCAAAUUAAACGAAGAAAAAGCUCAUGCUGAGGCUGAAAUUGAGCUUCUUAAGGGCAACAUAGAAUCAUGUGAAAGAGAAAUUGGUUCACUUAAAUAUGAACUUCAUGUUGUUUCCAAAGAGCUUGAAAUUCGCAACGAAGAAAAAAACAUGAGUAUGAGAUCUGCAGAAGCUGCUAACAAGCAACAUUCAGAGGGUGUAAAAAAAAUUGCUAAGUUAGAGGCUGAGUGCCAAAGAUUACGUGGUUUAGUGCGGAAAAAACUACCUGGUCCUGCUGCACUUGCACAGAUGAAGCUAGAAGUUGAAAAUCUUGGCAGAGAUUAUGGAGAAAGUCGAUUAAGGAAGUCUCCUGUCAUGCCUGCUACACCUCAUUUGUCCCCCCUACCUGAGUUCUCCCUGGAGAAUGUACAGAAAUUCCAGAAGGAGAAUGAAUUUCUUACAGAGCGUUUAUUGGCAAUGGAAGAAGAAACGAAGAUGCUCAAAGAAGCUUUGGCAAAACGUAACAGUGAAUUGCAGGCCUCAAGGAGUACGUGUGCUAAAACACUCAGCAAAUUUCGAAGUUUGGAAGCACAACUUCUGACAAGUAAUCAGCAGAAAGGAUCUCCAAAAUCCAUCAUCCAGAUAACCCAUGAAAGCAUUUACAAUCAAAACACAAGCAAUGCACCCAGCUUGAUUUCUAUGUCUGAAGAUGGAAAUGAUGACGCAGGAAGUUGUGCCGAGUCUUGGUCUACAGCAAUAAUCUCUGGACUAUCCCAAUUUCGUAAAGAACAGAGUACUGUGGAAUCAAGCAAAUCUGAAGCUACUAAGAAGUUGGAACUAAUGGAUGACUUUCUGGAGGUGGAGAAGUUGGCUGGUUUAUCAAAUGAUUCCAAUGUAGAUGCCACUGUUUCAGUUUCUUUAAACAAUAAGAGAACUGACAUUGUGACCGAUGAUGUAUCAGUAGUCACUGCUGACAAAGAUGGUCUGUCUGAAAAGAAUGGCGAUUCAAAUACACUGCAAAAUCAAGUGUCUUCGGGUGCUUUGUUGUCUGUACCUGAUCCCCAAUCUGAUGUUGAUGGCUUCUUAUUAACAGAGCUUAGAUCAAGAAUAUUGCUGGUUUUUGAGUCCAUGGCUAAGGAUGCUGAUAUCGGGAAGAUUGUGGAGGAUAUCAAACACGUCCUAGAAGAUUCACAUGACACUGUCAUCCAGCACUCUGUGGGCUGCAUUUCCCUGGAUGACCAGCCUUCUGAUGCUGCAUGUGAUAGGCAGGAUAAUCCUGAAGAUGCAGGCUUAAACCUUGAAAAGAAGGAAACCAUUUCAUCCCCCCAACCUAAAGAAUAUGUGCAUGUAACUUCAGAUUUGGAAGCUGCAAUUUCUCAGAUUCGUGACUUUGUGUUGUUCCUAGGCAAAGAAGCAAUGGCAUUUCAUGACAUAUCUGGUGAUGGAAAUGAAAUGAGGCAAAAGAUUGAGGAGUUCUCUGUCACCUUUAAUAAAGUGUUAUGCAACAAUGCAAGUUUACUACAGUUUGUUCUUGACCUGUCUUACGUUUUUGCUAAAGCAAGUGAAUUCAGAUUUAAUGUCCUUGGCUACAAGGGUACAGAAGCUGAAACUAACAGUCCUGAUUGCAUAGAUAAGAUUGCCUUGCCUGAAAAUAAGUUAGUUCAAGACAAUUCAUCUGGGGAAAGAUAUCAAAAUGGUUGUUCACAUAUUCUUAAUCCCUGUUCUGAUCCGGAGGUGCCUGAUGAUGGAAAUUUGGUCUCAGGCUAUAAACUGAAUGCUACAUCACAGAAACUCUCAAUGGAGAAAUUUGAAGAAUUGAAACUAGAGAAGGAAAAAGCAGUAAUUGAUCUGUCAAGAUGUACUGAAAAUCUUGAAAUGACAAAGUCUCAAUUGCAAGAGACUGAGCAACUUCUAGCAGAAGUUAAAUCACAAUUGGCUUCUGCUCAACGAUCAAACAGCUUGGCUGAGACGCAGCUAAAGUGUAUGGCAGAGUCGUACAAGUCACUUGAAACGCGUGCCCAGGAGUUUGAAACUGAGCUGAACCGUCUGCUAAUUAAGACAGAAACUCUGGAGAAUGAGCUUCAAGAUGAAAAGAGGGCUCAUGAAGCUGAUUUGGCCAGGAGCAAGGAGCUAGAAGAGCAAUUACAGAGGAUUGAGGGCACAGCAGCUGAUAAUGACCUCAAGAUCUCGCAGGAUAAAGAUUUGACGGCUGCUGCUGAAAAGCUUGCUGAAUGUCAGGAAACCAUAUUUCUUCUGGGCAAGCAGUUAAAUGCUCUACGUCCUCAAACUGAGCCAAUAGUAUAUCCUCACAGUAAUAUAAAUCCAAAAGUUGAAGGCUUCAUAGAGGAUGAACCUACUACUAGUAGCCCAAAUUUUCAAGAAUUAGGUGAAUUGGAGAUGGACAGUGCUCCUUCUGCUUUUGUGCAAAAACCGGGUUCGGAGUCCCCCGUGCAUUUUUCCAACAGUUUAUUUAGCCCAUCAGAUAACGAGUCAAACCUUCCAGCCAGAUCUCCAGUACAGCAUCCAAAACCAAAACACAGGCCUACCAAGUCAGCCUCUUCUUCAGCUUCUUCCGCCACUACACCAGAGAAACAUGCACGUGGAUUUAGUAGAUUCUUUUCAUCAAAAGGAAAACCUGCUCAUUGAGCUUGCAGCUCGCAGGCUCUAUGACAAUUCAUAAUGGAAGCCUCACGUUGGUGACAUUUGGAAAGCACCAAGGUCCAGACCCCUUCAUGUUUGACAGAAUUGAAUUUUUUUAG